GCAGUCUAACGUAAUAGUGGAACUUCAGUUUACUAUUCACGGUUUCUAUAUUCCGUUUUUCCAACAUCUCUUCUCUCUGUUCUGCUAAAUAGUUUUGAUAUGUCUACAUCCGCUUGUGUUCAUGACCUGAAUUCAACUGAGCAGCAUUUUUUUUUUUUUAAUUUUGUGGUUUACAAAGUUUUUGUUUCAUGUACCAGUUUAGAGAUACGAGAUGACUUGUCAGAAGGAGACCCAAACUGUUUUUGCAACUUUAGUUGCCCCUGCAAAGGCUAUCUAAUGCAUCACAUCCUGCAACCUGGAAGAUUUUUACUCAGGAAUACCUGCCAGACAGCCUGGUGUAAGUGUUACGUUAGCAUUGCCAAGAUGAUGCGGGCAGUGUGUGUUGAUGUACCUGGAGGACCGGAGAAUUUGCUGCUGCGAGCUGUUCCCAGACCGCAGCCUAAAGCAGGAGAAGUCCUGAUUAAAGUUCAUGCAGCUGCCCUCAACAGAGCAGACCUGUUGCAGAGGAGAGGCCUGUACCCACCUCCUGCUGGCGAGAGUGACAUCAUUGGCCUGGAGGUAGCUGGUACUGUCCACACACUGGGCGCAGGGGUGAAAAUGCACUGGAAACCAGAUGACCGGGUUAUGGCUUUGCUCUGCGGAGGAGGAUAUGCAGAAUAUGUUUCUGUGCCUGAGGAGCUUCUCAUGCCUGUGCCCUCUAAUCUCUCACUGUGUCAGGCUGCUGGAAUCCCAGAGGCCUGGCUUACGGCUUUUCAGCUGCUGGAUUUUAUUGCUCAGGUGAAGGAGGGUGAAGUGGUGCUGGUUCAUGCUGGUGCCAGUGGAGUUGGAACAGCUGCUGUUCAGCUGGUUCGUCUGUUUGGGGCUGUGCCCGUUGUCACUGCAGGGAGCCCAGAAAAACUGAAGCUGGCUGAGAAAUUGGGCGCAGCAGCUGGAUUUAACUACAGAGAGGAAAGCUUCGCACAAGGAGUUCAAGACUUCACAGGAGGCAAGGGAGCAAACGUGAUCCUUGACUGCAUCGGUGGACGCAACUGGGAGCCAAAUGUGAGCUCCUUAGCCAUCGAUGGCAGGUGGGUGCUGUACGGCACCAUGGGAGGGAGGGCAGUAGAGGGAGAUCUGCUGGGCAAACUGCUCUCCAAGCGAGGCCACUUGCUCACUAGCCUCCUCCGCUCGCGCAGCCUUCAGUACAAAGCAGACCUGGUGAGGGCUUUUACCGGCAGAGUGUUACCAUAUUUCUCAGACCAGCCUGCCACUCUGAGGCCAGUGAUUGACAGGACUUUCAGCCUGGAUGACAUUGCGGAGGCUCAUAGGCACAUGGAAGCCAACAGAAACAUGGGGAAGAUUGUCGUCAGUGUGAUUCCACAGAAUGAGCAAACACAAUGACAAACGCACACUGU